CCGCGGCGGCACUGGAGUACUUCCUGUGAGACGGAGGCUUUAAGCAUCUGUAACGGGGAGCUCGGCCUCGCCAUGCAGGUCUACUCCGCAUCUCUACUCUUGGUUACUGGAGCUCCCUCCUCAGGAUCCGCCACGUCCACCCCCCUUUUCGUCCAUCCACCCAGUGCCAGGACGACCCUCUCUUUGUCCCCGUUUACCUCAGCGGCCGUUUUACCGCCUCCGAGCCCGGUGCUCCGCGAGACACCCCCAGCAGGCCACGCUUCCUUUCCCCUAGCGUACGGGGUUCGAGACCGGCUGGGGGGCGGCGGCACUCAUGGGCCGGAGUUUGGAGCGGAGCCUUGAAGAUGUUGGCUCCUCGUGGGCCUCUUCCACCCAUUUCGGACUGGAGGGUGGGCUGCGCUGGUGAUUUCUGUGACGUCCCGACCCCUUCGUGGUGGAGCUCGGGUGCAGAUCUGCAGAUCUCCGUAUCCGCUCGUGGGCCGGGAGCUUCCACCCCCACACACGCAGUGUUCCCCACGUCGUUAUCGGCUCUGUCUCCUGAGACCUUGCUGCUCCCCAGGAAGAGCAGGAAAAUGGCCACGGGACCCCCAAGAGCCGCAAAAGAGGAUUUCAUGGCCUUCAGGGAUGUGGUCGUGGAUUUCACCCCAGAGGAGUGGAGGUUGUUGAGCCCGGCUCAGAGAACCCUGCACAGGGAGGUGAUGCUGGAGACCUAUAGUCAUCUCCUCUCAGUGGAAAUUCUGCUCCCCAAGUCUAAAUGCAUUAGUAACAUGGAACAAGAGGAAGAGCCCUGGAGAGAAGAGAGAAAACAUUCCUCAGAGUGCUGCCCAGGAUCAAAGCCAGAAACUCAUCAUUGUCCUUCCUGCCCUCUCAUGUUCUCUGGUCAGCAAGCCCUCAACCAACAUACGUGGCCGGGUCCUCUCCCUCAGCUCCUCUCAAGUUCAUGUGCAGGAACUCACAGCUUUCCAUGGAAACAUUAUCUAGAAGAUCUGAAACAAUGGCAGGAAGAAUUCUUUGAACAAGACCACUUGAGAAACAAAGCAGACACUCAAGAGAGAGAGCAAGAGUCCAGGCUCCUGUUUGGGAGCCUAAGCAAACAUGGCUCUUCAAAGGCCAUCUCCAGUCUACCUGAAGAACAUCUAGUAAGGCCUAAGGAAGAUGGCCCGAUCAUAGAUACACGUUCCAGCCUAGAACAGAAGGUAGACCUUAAGGAAAUGGCCAACGUAUUUUGUGGUUUAAAUGUCUCACCCUUUGGAGUGCUCAAAUAUGAAAAGCUUGGGCCACGAUUUAUGAAGGAGUCGAAUCUACCUAGCCUGCAGAAGUCGCACCCAAGAGAGACACCUUACAUGCAUGUGGAGUGGGGCCAGAGCCUUGGUAGACUGCCAGUCCUCAUGAAAAACCCGAAGACACACCUUGGGGACAAGCCUUUCCUGUGCCAAGAAUGUGGGCGAGGCUUUAACUGGAAGUCAAACCUCAUCACACACCAAAGGAUGCACUCUGGGGAGAAACCUUAUGUAUGCAAGGAUUGUGGCCGAGGCUUUACUUGGAAAUCAAACCUCUUCACACACCAGCGGAUACACUCAGGGGUCAAGCCUUAUAUGUGCCAAGAAUGCGGACAAAGCUUCAGCCUGAAGUCCAACCUUAUCACCCACCAACGGUCACACACUGGGGAGAAGCCAUAUGUGUGCAAGGAAUGUGGGAGUAGCUUUCGCCAGCAUUCACACCUCAUCCGACAUAAAAGGACACAUUCAGGGGAGAAGCCUUUUGUCUGCAGAGUGUGCCAGCAAAGGUUUAGCCAAAAGUCACACCUUGUCAGACACUUGAGGACACACACAGGAGAGAAACCUUACAUAUGCACCGAGUGUGGGCGUGGCUUUAGCUGGAAGUCCAACCUCCUCACCCAUCAGAGGACUCACUCUGGGGUCAAGCCAUAUGUGUGUCUAGAGUGUGGCCAGAGCUUCAGCCUGAAGUCCAACCUCUCUAAGCACCAGCGGGCACAUGCAGGGGAGAAGCCCUUUGGGUGCACGGAGUGUGGGCGCAGCUUUACCCGCAAGUCCUCGCUUGUCACGCACCAGAAGAAACAUUCAGGGGAGAAGCUAUUUGUAUGCCGGGAGUGUAAGCAAAGCUUUAAUGAUAAGUUGACCCUCCUCACACACCAAAGGACACAUUUGGGGGAAAAGCCUUUCAUGUGCAGGGAGUGUGGUCAGAAGUUUCGGCAAAAGCCUAACCUGUUUAGACACAAGAGGGCACACUCAGGUGACUCUGUAUGCAGGGAGUGUGGGCAAAGCUUUUGUGAUAAGCUUACUCUCAUUAAACAUGAGAGGGCACACUUGGGGCAAAAGGUGCAUGUGUGUAGGGAGUGUGGGCAAGGGUUUAGCCAGCAGUCACACCUCCUUAGGCAUCAGAGGACACACUCGGGAGAGAAGCCUUAUGUUUGCAGGAAAUGUGCUCGAGCCUUCAGUAGGAAGUCAAAUCUCCUCAGGCAUCAGAGGAUGCACAGUAUAGAUACCAUCUGUGUGCAAGGAGUAUAGCAAAGAAUCACAGUUACAGUAGGGAGUUACCAUUAGGUGCCAGAGGACACCGAGCAAUAGUUUAGUAAUAGGUGUUGUGGUUAUAGUCUGUCUAACACUAUCUGGAUAAGACUUGCAUGGCUGUCACCUGAAGGAGACUUUCCCACCCAUGGUCAAGGAGCUCUGGCCUUCCAUCCUGCAAAUGGUGUGUUGUGGAGGACUUUUCAACAGGGAAAUUAGGGAAUGGAGACUUCCCAUAUGAUUUUCUAAGAUCAAAUAAAUACUCCUUCCACAAACUACCUUCAGUAUCACAAAAAUGAUAUAAUACUACAGCUUGUCUUCGUUGUCUGUCCUGCCUUGCAACCGGAAACAGGAGACCUAGCAGGCAUUGUGACAUAUUUCAUCUUUUUUCCUUAGCCCAGUCAGCUUUGGAGAGUUUGGGGGAUGAUGAAUUUACAGAGACAGACCUACAGGGACACCAGGUUUUAUUAUUUGACAGUCUGUAAAUAUUUUAGUUGGAGGUUUGGGAAGAAGUAUCCAGUUUGUAAAUAUUCUGCCCUUGCCUGCUUCCUAAGACUUUCCUCUGGCUCCAGGUCAGUUCACACAAUGAUAUUUAUUUGUUGACUGGGGUAUUUAGAUAAUAUGUGAUAUUACAAUGAAGAAAUUACACAGAAGUAGAAAAUGAAAUUGUUUUCUGUUCUUUGAAUCAGCAUACGCUAUCCCAUAAAUGACUCUUGGAUUUAAGACUAACUUGCAAAAUAUACCAGUUUUCUGGUUGAAAUAGUCUUAUUGUAAAUGGUACCAUCUCACAAAUUAACCUAAAAUGCUGGUUUCCCUUUAUGUGUUUCACUAAGUGAUUCUGAAUUUUGUUUGGACAAUAUGUCAGGAAUGUAAAGAAACUGUCAAAAUAAAAAAGUUUCUGUUCAGAUACAAUUGUUUAGAAUAAA